AUGUUUCUCCCGCGCUUUCUACAACGCACCCACGCGAAAGCUGCAGCCUAUGUAACCAGCAAACCUCCGUUCCCCGCCACCAGAGCUCUGCACGUCUCUGCUACACUCCGUGCUAUCGACAUGGCCAGGGUUGACACCACCGAGCGGCUCGCGGAGCUCCGCAAGCUCAUGAAGGAGCGCAACGUCGAUGUUUACAUGGUGCCUUCCGAGGACAGUCAUCAGAGCGAAUAUAUUGCACCAUGUGACGCCCGACGAGCCUACAUCAGUGGGUUCACAGGCUCAGCCGGCUAUGCAGUCAUUACACACGAGAAGGCGGCUCUCUCAACCGACGGACGAUACUUCAACCAGGCCGAGAAGCAGCUGGACAGCAACUGGGAGCUGCUGAAGCAGGGCAUUCAAGAUGUUCCCACCAUACAAGAAUGGACAGCGGACCAGGCCGAGGGCGGCAAGGUUGUAGGCGUAGAUCCAACCGUGGUCACAGCAGCGGACGCACGGAAGCUCGCCGAGAAGAUCAAGAAGAAGGGUGGAGAAUACAAAGCGGUCGACGAGAACCUGGUGGACCUAGUGUGGGGGGACAAGAGACCAGCUCGCCCAAGUGAAAAAGUCAUUGUGCAGCCAAUGCAGUAUUCAGGCAAGAGCUUCGAAGACAAGAUCGAGGAUCUGCGGAAAGAGCUGGACAAAAAGAAGAGCUUGGGCUUCAUUGUGUCCAUGCUCGACGAGAUAGCCUGGCUAUUCAACGUCCGUGGCAAUGAUAUCCCGUAUAACCCCGUCUUCUUUUCUUAUGCUGUCAUCACUCCAUCGACCGCCACCCUCUACGUCGACGAUAGUAAACUCCCGGAGAACGUCAAGAACCACCUGAGCGACAAAGUCACGAUACGACCAUACGCAGCCAUUUUCGAAGAUGUCACGGCGUUGAGCAAAGAGGCGUUCGAGGCAAAUGAGAAGUCGGAUGUACAGAAGAAGUUCCUGACCUCAAACCGAGCUUCGUGGGCUCUGAGCAAAGCUCUUGGUGGGGAGGACAAGGUCGAAGAGCAGCGUAGUCCGAUUGGGGACGCCAAAGCAGUGAAGAAUGAGGUGGAGCUCGAGGGCAUGCGGCAGUGUCACAUCCGCGAUGGAGCAGCUCUGACCGAGUACUUUGCCUGGCUCGAAGACCAAUUAAUCAACAAGCAGGCCACGCUUGAUGAGGUAGAUGGUGCUGAUAAGUUGGAAGAAAUUCGCAAGAAGCAUGAUCGAUUCAUGGGCUUGUCAUUUGAUACCAUCUCGUCAACGGGACCCAAUGCUGCUGUUAUUCAUUACAAACCUGAAAAGGGCGAAUGCGCUGUCAUUGACCCUAAGGCGAUCUAUCUUUGCGAUUCCGGGGCGCAGUACCACGAUGGCACCACAGACACGACACGGACAUUGCAUUUCACUGAGCCAACAGAGAUGGAACGGAAAGCUUACACGCUCGUACUCAAGGGCAAUAUGGCUCUCGAGCGAGUCAAGUUCCCCAAAGGCACCACGGGAUUUGCACUAGACGCACUGGCUCGUCAGUUCCUGUGGGCGGAGGGUCUCGACUAUCGACACGGCACUGGACACGGUGUUGGGUCUUUCCUCAACGUGCACGAGGGCCCCAUCGGCAUCGGGACACGCGUGCAGUACUCUGAGGUGUCCCUCGCGGUUGGCAAUGUCGUAUCAGAUGAGCCUGGUUAUUAUGAGGACGGCAAAUUCGGCAUACGCAUAGAAAACAUGGUCAUGGUCAAGGAGGUCGAAACAAAGCACAAGUUCGGAGACAAGCCUUACCUCGGGUUCGAGCAUGUCACCAUGACUCCUCACUGCAGGAACCUGGUAGAUCUGAGUCUGCUCACGGAAGAUGAGAAGAAGUUCAUCAACGAGUACCACCAGGAAGUCUUCCAGAAGACGAGCGAUUAUUUCAAAAACGACUCGCUCACCUUGGAGUGGCUGAAGCGUGAGACAGCGCCAUACUGA